AUGAAACAGGAAGAAGACGAGGAAGAUAACAACUUCAUAGAUGUUUUCGGUAGUUUAUUAAUUUCAUUAGCUAAAAGCGAUGAAGAAAAAGAAGCAGACACAGAUCUUUUUCUUCAGACAAGCCAAAAAUUAUUUGAACAUGUGAAAAAAAUUUCUAAUAAGAAUAAAGAUUUAACCAGUGGUGGAUAUUAUUUAUCAGAAUUACUCUAUUUACUUUUACAAGCUUUUUCGAACAAUUCCAUCGUAAGAAAUAUUUUUGGUGAUGAAUCAAAAAUAAAAACAGAUUCAAUUUUAUUCUUUGGAGAUCUUCUGUCAAAAAUAUACGGAGUUUUAUUCGAUCAAGAAGCGAAUGAUAUUGAGAAAUUAGCUGGAAAAUAUUUACUUAAAAUUAUUUUAUCUCUUACGAAUUAUCCAAAAUAUUUAGAAGUAUUGGAAUCCCAUUUUAUUCUAAAAGUUCUUAUUAAAAGUCUUGCUAAGACACCCGAAUACGAAGAUGCUACUAAGAUUUGGUGCAAAUUUGAAGAAUUGUCAAACAAGAAUUCUUCAAGAAAUGAAUCAAAAUCCGAACAACAUCCAAUGAUCUAUAUCAGCUACAAUUCGGCUAAUAAAGAAUUUUAUGAUUUGUUCGUUAAAUACUUAAGUAAAAAUCCUUCAAUAAAAAUUUUAGAUGAUCAUGAAGAUGCCGCUGAUGUUCAUGAUAAAUGGGAUUCCUUGGCACGGGUGAUCAAAUUUUCAACAAUUGUAAUUGUACUAAUAUCAAGUGCUUAUGACAAUAGUGAAGAGAACACGAAAGAAUUACUGUACGUAAUCAAUAGAGCACGGUCAUACGGUAAAAAAUUAUUUAUCGUUGAAACUGAAGCCAAUCUUAAAUUUAAUCAAGAAGGUAUGCACAUUUUACUCAAAGACAAAGCCAGAAUUCCAUAUAAUGAUCAUACUGAAGUGACGGCACAGAAAGUCAUAGAUUUUAUAUCAGACGAAAUGAAAUCAUCAGUAACGAGUACAUUAUCUGUUACUCGGAAAUCGCGAAUAUGCACAAUCAUUUGA